AUGGCGCAGCUCUACAGCCCGGCCUGGGCGUCGCCGGCCGUGGCCGUGGCGCCGUCGCCGCGCAAGGUCGUGGCGCCGUCGCCGCGCAAGGUCGUCGCGGGCAUCGCCCUCGCCGACGAGGGCUCGAUGAGCUUCGAGGAGCUCCUCGACGGCGCCGACGCCGACAUGUCGCCGCGGUCGUCGCACAAGCGCGCGCGCACGAAGAAGAAGUCGCUGUGGAAGGCGCUCCAGCGCCUCGUGCGCCACACGCACAUGCCGCUCCUCGACGGCGCGACGACGUCGCUCAACGCGGUCGAGUGGUCCGAGCUCCUCGGCGAGUCGGAGCCCUCCAAGUUCCGCGGCGAGGCCCGGGCCCGCCACCGGUCGGGCCCCGACGCCUGGGACCGGGCGUGCCUGCGCGCCGAGUCGUCGUUCCGCGACGACGUCGCGGCGUCGCGGCGCGUCGAGGACCGCGAGGCGGCGCUGGGAGACGUCGCGGUCCGCUACCACGGCACGGUGCGGGGCCUGCUGCGCGACUACGUGGCGGAGAUGGACGCGUUGGGCCUCGUCUACGCCGCGCGCUUCGGCCCCGGGCGGCUCGGCGUGACCGUCGCUUUGGCGAAGUACGGCGACGACGGCCGGCGCUUCGUCGUCGUCGACGGCGUCCGCGAGCCCGCGUUAAACCACGGCGUGCGGCGCACGGACGAGCUCAUCGCCGUCAACGGCAAGGUCAUCGUCGAGUGCACGUCCGAGGAGGACCUGCGCGAGCUCGAGCGCGCGAUCGCGUCCGCGCCGCGCCCCGUCGAACUCACGUUCGUCGAGGGCGAGGACCGCGACGGCGGCUACAGCCCCUUCCCCUCGCCGGCGAAGUUCAACGCGCGGCCGCCCCGCGCGCCGUCCAUCCCGUCGAAGCGCGGCGCGGCGACCGCGCGGCCCGGGCGGCCGCAGCCCACGGCGCUCUUCAAGGUGAACCGGAACUCGUCCUUCGAGCCGCUGUCGCCGCUCGCGUUCACCGAGCAGCCCAACAUUUUGAUCGACCAUAAUUAUAAUCCUAUGAGAAUGCUCGCAAAAGCCCUCGGGCUGGCGUCGUUCGCCGCGUCCGCGGCCUGGGAGGGCGGGCGGACCAAGGACAUGGAGCUCCGGGGGGGCAGCGUCGAGGAGGACCUGCGCGCGCUCGAAGCGGCGGCGUCGAAGAACACGCACAUCGUCGCCGUCGCCUGCAGGCUCGAGACGUCCGAGGCCGCCGUGGACGCGUUCCUGGGGCACCACCUCGACUGGCGCUGGGACGUCGGCGCCGUCUACCAGCGCGACGGGCCCUGCCCGCGCGUCGAGCUCCGCAUCCAGCCGCCCAAGCUCGCGGCGGUGCUCCGGCGGUUUUGGCAGCAGCAGUUCAACGGCACGUGCGACCGCGUCGUCGUCGUGUCGCGCCACAGCGGCACGUACCUGGGCAACCGCAUGUUCUCCAUGGCCCGCGCCUUCAUCCACACGGCCAUGAAGCACAAGCUGCCCUACCGCUUCGAGGGCGUGCCGAACUUCCUGCUCGACGACGCGGCGUGCGGGCCCGGCGGCCAUCAAAACGCCUUCUACAAGGACAUGGAGUGCUUCUGGCUGCCCCAGACGUCCUGCGCGCGGCCCCGCGUGGGGCCCGAGAACGCCCUCGGCGAGGGCGAGUGCGCGCGCGCGGCGCCGGGGCCCUGGGACUGGCGGAAGGAGACGAACUGGACCUGCGAGCGCUACUACGUGGACCCGUCGGCGAAGCGGCGGGGCGUGCGGCGCUUCCCGCGGACGCUGAACCCGGGCCACGGCGAGGCCCACUUCAUGAUCGCCUUCGCGGCCAUCGCGAUGCGGCCGAAUUUCAAGACGCGGAUGGAGUUGAGGCGGCGCGCGGCCGCGUGGCUGCGGGACCACCCGUCCUGGCGAGCGACGGUCGACUCGGGCGCCUGCGCCGUCGUCCACGUGCGCCACGGCGACAAGUACACGAAGGCGUUCCUGCCGGCCGAGGAGGGCCACAACCACCACUUCCCGCCGAACGCGACCUUCGACGAGUACGUGGGCUGGGCGAAGUUCCACCUCGGCGCCGUCGCCGGCCAGAACUUCAGCGAGGCCGUGCCCAUGAUGCUCAUGACCGACGACGCGGACGUCGAGGCGCGCGCGGCGGCCGUCGGCGCCGCGCACGGCGUCGAGCUGCUGACCGUGGCGCCGGGCCGGCCCCUCGUGUCGACGACGGCCGUCGUCGCCAACGAGGAGCUGGCCAAGGUCGACUGCGAGCGCCAGUACCACAAGCCCAUCUGCAAGACGGGCGGCUUCAACUACCGCUGGGACCCGGUCACGGGCGAGCCCGUCGGGUCCGAGGAGCUCUACCAGUUCCUCCUCGCCUGGCACCUCGUCGCGCACUGCAAGCUCGCCGUGGGCAUGGGCGCCCGGUCCUACUUCUCCACGAUGAUCUACGCGAUGAUGUGCGCGAUCGCCGGGAAAUGCCCCGCGUCCGUCGACAUCCACGAGCCGGAGGCCCCGGACGACGACGGCCUCUGGCACUACGUCGACAAGAGGACGGACCGCAAGCCCCCCGUGGACAAGUGGCUCACCCAGGCGCCGCCCGCGCCUGCGGCGCUCGGCGCGCCGCUCGAGCUGCGCUGCGGCCUGACGCUGCGCAAUCGCCUCUGCAAGGCGGCUACGUCGGAACACCUCGGCACGCCGCGCACCAACGACGCCACGCCGCGGCUCGUGCGCCUCUACGAGCGCUGGGGCGCCGGCGGCUUCGGUCUCAUCAUCACGGGCAACGUCAUGGUCUGCCGGUGCGCGCUCGAGGCGCCGCGGAACGUCGUCGUCGACGCGGCGACGGACGGGGCCGCCGUCGCGGCGUGGGCCGCGGCCGCGCGGCGGCGCGGCGCGGUCGCGAUCGCGCAGCUCUCGCACCCGGGCCGCCAGUCGCCCGUCGCGGCGUCCUGGGCGCGGCCCCGGGCGCCGUCGGCCGUGCCCCUGCGCCUCGCGGGCGUCGGCCCGCCGCUGCACCGGUCGCCCGUCGCGAUGGCACCGGCCGAGGUCGAGGACGUGGUGGAAGCGUUCGGCGAUUGCGCGGGCCGGUGCGCGGCGCUCGGCUUCGACGGCGUCCAGGUCCACGCGGCCCACGGCUACCUGCUCUCCCAGUUCCUGUCGCCGCGGGGCAACGCGCGGCGCGACGCCUACGGCGGCGACGCGGCCCGGCGGUCGCGCGCGCUGCUGCUCGCGUGCCGCGCGGCGCGACGGGCCAUGGGCCCCGGGAAGCUGCUGGCCGUCAAGGUGAACGCGUCGGACUUCGAGGCCGGCGGCUUCGAUCGCGACGGCGCCGCGGCGGUCGUCCGCGCGCUCGCGGCCGACGAGGCGCGCGUCGACGUGAUCGAGCUGUGUGGAAAUCAACCGCCGGUGAUCGAGGUCUCCGGCGGCACGUACGCGUCCGGCAUGGCCUGCCUCGGCGACGCGGCGGACUUCGCCGGCGCCGACGCGCGCGGCGCCCUGUUCGCGACGCUCGCGCGCGACCUCCGGGGGCACGCGCGCGGCGUCGCCGUCAUGCUCACGGGCGGCGUCGGGUCCCCGGCGGCCGCGGCGCGCGCGCUCGGCGCCGCGGAUCUCGUCGGCGUCUGCCGGGCCGCGUGCGUCGACGCCGACGUCGCCCGCCGCUGGCUCGCGGGCGAUGGCGGCGCGCCGCCGGCGCCGGCGCCCGCGCCGCGGCGCGCGCCGCGGGCGCUGCGGCGCCUGCUCGUGCCGGGCCUCAACUACGGCUGGUACCAGCGCCAGCUCCAGCGGCUGGCCGCGGACCUGCCCGCGGCGGACCUGUCGCACCUGCCCUUCCUCUGCGUGGAGGCCUUCGCGGACAAGACCGUGGCCGCGUCGAUGGGGAUCCGCAGCAACCGGUCGCCAAAGUCGGGCACGGCGCGCGAGAGCGCGAGGACGGGCGUCCGGUCUUCGCGCUCGACGGCGAUGCUGCCCUCGGGAAACGCCGUCGCGUCGCGGCGCACGGGCGCGCUCAGGGGCGUGGGGCGGUACGCGGCUUUAAACAGCCGCUUCUCGUGCGACGCCAUGAAGUCGUCGAAGUCGCUCGCCGUGACCUCCUUGCCGCAGGCGUCCCUGAGCUGCGCGUAG